CAGUAAUUACUCUGGCAACGGUAUCUUCCAUAAACAUUAUGAUUUAGUUCCUGGAUGAGGAGAUCAGUGUAGAAUUUUUAUCAUUCUGUAUUAAUAUUUGUUUCCUCGUGUGCUGUUUGACCCAUUUAUUUCUGUUCCUUUCUUUUCUUAAACUUUCGUUGAACACUUAUGUCAAUGUCACUGUAAUUUAUUCCAUCUGUUUAAUACAUUCGAACAAUAUCUGCAGUUUUGAUUCUUAGAAUUAUCUGUGAUACUAAAAUUUCCUAAAAAAUGGAUAGAGAUAAAUUUCGCAACCCCUUCUCCCGACCUUCCAUGCUUGUAUCAGGAGCUGCUUUAUCUGCCGACAGUUUUUUUCCUGCUCAAAAAACAUUGAAAGGAAUUUUAGCAGGUGGUAUAACCGGUGGAAUAGAAAUUUGCAUAACAUUUCCGACAGAAUAUGUAAAAACUCAGCUGCAAUUGGAUGAACGUUCCGCUAAACCACGGUAUUCAGGAAUCGCAGAUGUUGUGAAACAAACUGUAAAAAGCCAUGGCGUGAAAGGAUUGUAUCGUGGAUUAAGUGUUCUGAUAUAUGGUUCUGUGCCCAAGUCAGCUGUUAGGUUUGGUACAUUUGAAUCAUUGAAGAAAAGAAGUGUUGAUGAGAAAGGGAAUUUGGCUCCUUCAAAGCGCUUGUUGUGUGGUUUGGGAGCUGGUGUUGCUGAAGCCAUCUUUGCUGUGACUCCUAUGGAAACGGUGAAAGUAAAAUUCAUUGAUGAUCAGCAAUCGGCAAAACCAAAGUACCGUGGCUUCUUUCAUGGAGUUCGGGAAAUUAUCAAACAUCAAGGAAUACGAGGUGUAUAUCAAGGUGUGACAGCCACAAUAAUGAAGCAAGGCAGCAAUCAAGCUAUCCGCUUUUUUGUGAUGGAAUCUUUAAAAGAUUGGUAUCGAGGAGGAGAUCCAACUAAAAGUGUUAAUAAAUUAGUGGUGGGCAUGUUUGGUGCUUUUGCUGGAGCAGCUUCAGUGUUUGGCAACACUCCUAUUGAUGUAGUAAAAACAAGGAUGCAGGGUCUUGAGGCACACAAAUAUAAGAAUACUUUCCAUUGCAUUUAUGAAAUUGCAAAGAAUGAAGGCUUUUCUGCAUUUUACAAGGGCACUGUUCCACGGCUCAGCAGAGUUUGUUUAGAUGUAGCAAUUACUUUUAUGAUUUAUGAUUCCUUUAUGGAUUUGUUCAACAAAGUUUGGAAAACUGAUUGAAUUUGAUAGGUCCUUUUUUGUUAUAAAUUUAAGCUGUAUAGUUUAUUUUGUUAGAUUUAUAUAUUUUUUGCAAUGUUUGUAAAUCAAUCAAAAUUAUAAUUCAAUGUCUGUGCUGUGCAACUAUUAGUUAUUUCAAAAAAUGCACAUAAAUGUGUUCUUUUUUUAAUGAUGUAAAUGUUUGUUAACCUUUAUUCAAUUUCGUAUGAAAGUAAUAACAUUUUGUAAGAUAGUUUAUAAUCCAAAAUUUUAAGAUGCAUUUUAUAAAAUUAAUACAAUUUCAAUUUCCACUAUGUUAUAAGUUGU